AUGGAGCCUGCACCAUGGCGUCCCCGGUUCGAAGACCAUGUUCAAGUUGCAGGCAGCCCACUGCUAUCACUUGCAACUGUGUCCAAGGGCAUGAACAACAAUGCAUUUCCUCGAGUAAGGACCUGUGUUUUCCGGGGCUUCUUCGCGGGCCUGCAGUUACAUUCCAAUGCAAUGCGGGACUUGAAGUCUAACUCAGGCAGCUCAGUUGAGGAGGGAAACGACGAUCAUGCCUCGUAUCUGAAUCCGAGGAAGUAUGAAAGCGACCUAUUGAGUAUUACUACUGAUGCUCGAUCUGAGAAGGUCAAGCAUAUCCUCUCUGGCGACGAAAUUGGCGGACCGGUGGAAUGUCUCUUCUGGUCACCCACGGCCUUUGCACAGUGGAGAAUUAAGGGGAAGGCGUACAUUGUGGGAGGAAGCUGCUCCGAUACGAUGGAGCUAAAGGCCAGGCAAGAGAUUGAACAAUUUUUGCGGUUAAGAGAAGAUACGGACAAGCCAUGGAGUUGGGAAACAGAGAUGACUACCCACUUUGCCAACCUAUCCCCUGGCAUGAGAGAUACCUUUAGACAAGCUCUUCCCGGUGCACCAAAGUCAGGGCCGGCACCAGAGCUGCAGGAUAGUAGAAAGGGGCUUAUCGAUUUGGCUGACCCCAUUGCAAGGAAGAACUUUAGGGUUGUGGUUAUCAAGCCAGAGGAGGUUGAAUAUAUCCAUGACGAAGGUCCGGGGAAUGUUAAGAAUGAGAGGUUCAGAUGGAAAUUGGUGCCUUCUGAUAGCCGUUAUACGUGGCACUGGGAAGGAGAGCAGCUAUGGCCUUGA